UAUUACUAAAUAACUGAAAUAUUUGAGACGAAUUACAACAAAUUUGUUUUUUUUAUAACAACACAAAAAAUAAUGGACAGUCAUAAAGUUAUAGAUCUGCGAUCGGAUACAGUGACCAAACCGUCAGCCGAUAUGCGAAAAGCCAUUUACGAGUCAGUUGUCGGCGAUAAUUGUUAUAAUGAAGAUCCCAGUGUCACAGAAUUGGAAAAACUGGCCGCAAAACUGGUCGGUAAAGAACGGGCAUUGUUUGUGUCUUCGGGAACAAUGUCUAAUCUGGUCGCAGUGAUGACACAUUGCUGGGAAAGAGGUUCAGAAAUACUAUUGGGUGAUCAAGCACAUAUACAUAUUAAUGAACUAGGUGGAAUUGCUACCGUGGCCAGUGUCCAUCACCGUACUUUGACCAACAACAGUGACGGCACAUUCAGUAUCGAUGAAUUGGUGGCUAAAAUCCGUAAUAAAGGCGUUUAUCCAAACCCUACACUAAUAUGUUUGGAAAAUACACACAAUAUAUGCAACGGAUCGCCACUUCCUCUUGAAUUCAUUGAUGAGGUUUGUCGUAUAGCAAAACAACAUAAUCUGAGUGUCCAUAUGGACGGCGCCCGUAUAUUCAAUGCCAGCCUCAAGACUGGCGUACCGGUGCCCAGAAUCCUAAGAGAUUGCGAUUCCGUAUCUUUCUGUUUAUCAAAGGGUUUGGGAUGUCCAGUAGGUUCACUGCUAUGCGGAUCCAAUGAGUUUAUUGAACGGGCCUGGAUAUGCCGAUACAUGUUGGGCGGUGCUAUGCGCCAGUCGGGCAUUUUGGCCUCGGCUGGACUUUACGCUCUUAACAAUAAUAUCGAUAGAUUGGCCAUUGACCACAAACACGCUCUAAUGAUUUCAUCGGCAAUUGCCAAACACGACAAAAGUUAUAUUAGAGUAACUGUUAAAAACAUUCAUACAAACAUCGUUUACAUUACUACUGAUCCCAAUUGGAUGACUGGACCACAAUUUGUUAAUCGAUUGAAUACUAUAACUGAAGAGGAAAGGACUGUUUUAGGUGAUCGUUGUGUUGUCGUCAAAAUGGGAUCAAGAAGUGCCACUAAAAUACGUUUCGUCACCCAUUUAGACAUCACCGCCGAUGACAUUGAACUGGUGAUUGAAAAACUCAAUUUUAUUAUUAAUAACAACAACCAGUAAAUUGGUUUAUAUGUAUACCUGUUAUAAGCUAUUACGAUAUUAUAACAUAAUUUUUUGUAAUUAUGUUUUUUUG